UCCGGGUAUGGCCCGCCUCUCUGCUGCCGACCAAUCCUCUGUAGCUUCCUUUGCGCGUCUACCCAAUCAGAGCGACAGGGGGCGGAGUUCCGGUCGUCGGCUGUAACCCCGAGCGGAUCUCGCGUUUCUCCAGCUCCGAGUGGGAGCUUGCUGCUGAGAGUUUUGUUACCCUGGGAUGCUGCUGCUGAUAUGGAGAAGAUUGAGGAGCAGCUUGCCAAUCUACGCAUUGUUAAACGUUCCUCAGAAACUGAAGAGCCCACCUACCUGCUUGGCGUGGACACGUCGAAGACCGUCCAUGCAGAAGAGGGAAGCUUGGUUGCUGUUUUGUGUUCCAGUGGAUCAAUCAGAAUAUAUGACAAAGAAAGGUUAAAUGUACUACGAGAAUUUAGUGGCUAUCCCGGACUUCUUAAUGGAGUCAAAUUUGCAAAUUCCUGUAAUAGUGUGUAUUCAUCAUGUACUGAUGGCACUGUAAAGUGCUGGGAUGCUCGCCUAGCCAGUGAGAAACCUGUUCAACUGUUCAAGGGUUACCCUUCCAAUGUUUUCAUCAGUUUUGACGUCAGCUGCGAUGAUCAUGUCAUUUGUGCUGGCACAGAGAAAGUCGAUGAUGAUGCUUUGUUGGUCUUUUGGGAUGCGAGGAUUAGUCCUCAAGACUUGUCUACCACUAAAGACCCACUGGGUGCAUAUUCAGAGACACACAGUGACGACAUCACUCAGGUCUGCUUCCACCCCAGCAACCCCCACCUAGUAGUCUCAGGUUCAACUGAUGGCCUGGUAAAUGUAUUUGAUAUCAGUGUUGAUAAUGAAGAGGAUGCCCUGGUCGCAACCUGCAACUCAGUUUCAUCAGUAAGCUCUAUUGGUUGGUCGGGGAGAGACUACAAACAGAUUUACUGCAUGACACAUGAUGAAGGGUUUUGCUGGUGGGACCUUAAUCAUUUGGAGACUGAUGAACCCAUUACACGUUUGAGCAUCCAGGAUGUCAGAGAGAACAUUGACAUCAAAGAAGGUAGCUUGGACUACUUGAUUGGUGGCCUCUAUCAUGAAAAGAUGGACAGAUUGUUUGUUGUCGGAGGAACGAACACAGGCAGGAUUCACUUGAUGAGCUGCACCACGUCAGGACUGACACAUGUGUCCACUCUCCAGGGAGGGCAUGCGGCCACAGUCCGAUCUUUUUGCUGGAGUGUGCAUGAUGACUCCUUGCUGACUGGGGGAGAAGAUGCACAGUUGUUACUCUGGAAACCUGCAGCUGUAGAGAAGACCCUUGCGAAGAAAGACAGCCUGAAAAUCGCGUCUUCUGUGCACCAGCGAGUGCGCGUUCACAGUAGCGAUUCUUACAAGAGAAGGAAAAAGCAGUGACACUGAGAGUUCACGUGCUCCCUGCUAAUGGCCUGGGAAAACAACAGAAGACGGCCCAAGUGGUUGGGCUUCUGCACCCACGUAUGCGACCCGGAAGAAGCUCCUGGCUUCAGUCUGGCCCAGCCCCAGCUGUUACGGCCAUUUGAGUGAGUGAACCAACAGAUCGACAAUUCUCCCUCUCCUUCUCUUCCUCUCUCUCUGUAAUUAUGCCUUUCAAAUAAAAAAGAAAAUCUUAAAUAAAAAUGGGCUGGCGCUAUGGCUCAUUAGGCUAAUCCACCGCCUGUGGCGUCGGCACCCCAGGUUCUAGUCCCGGUUGGGGCGCCGGUCCUGUUCCGGUUGCUCCUCCUCCAGUCUAGCUCUCUUCUGUGGCCUGGGAGUGUAGUGGAGGAUGGCCCAAGUGCUUGGGCCCUGCACCUGCAUGGGAGACCAGGAGGAAGCACCUGGCUCCUGGCUUUGGAUCAGCGUGGUGCGCCGGCCACAGCGGCCAUUUUGGGGGUGAACCAACAAAAAAGGAAGACCUUUCUCUCUGUCUCUCUCUUUCACUGUCUAACUCUGCCUGUCAAAAACAAACAAACAAAAAAACUGCAGUGAGAGACUGCUUCAUACCCACUAGGAUGGCUGUUAUCCACAAGGUGAGGGUUGACAGAGAGUUGGAUAAAUCAGCCUUCACAGCUGCUGAUGGAAAAGUAAAAUGGUGCUGCAGCUUUGGGGAACAGACUGGCAGUCCCCGUUAAACAGUUGUCAUGAGACCCGGCAAUGCCACUCCUGUACCCAUGAAUGUUCAUAGCAGCAUUACCCAUCAUAGCCCAGCGGUGGACGUGAUCCAGCUGUUCACCAGUAGAAGAAUGAAUAAACAAAACGUGGUGUAUCCAUUUCGUGGAGUAGUCUUCAGCCAUAGAACGGAAUGUACUGCAGAUACCUGCUGCAACGUGGAGGGCUCUUGGAAGCCUGCUGAGUGGAGGACCACAUAUUGUAUGAUCCCAUUCCUAUGAAACGGCCAGAAAGCCAAAUCUGUAGGGAAAAAACAUACUAGUGGCUGCCCAGGCUUGGGGGUACAGCUACAGUGUACAGGUUUUCUUGUGGCGGUGAUAGAGGGGGUCUAAAAUUGAGGGUUGUGCAGUUCUGAGUAUACUAGGAAACACUGAAUUGUGUGCUUCAAGGGGAUGAUUUACAUGAUCUGUGAAUUAUAUCAGAGCUGUUACCAAGCUAACAAAAUGGACCGACAGAGCCAAGGUGGCUAUAUUAAUAACUCACAAAAUGAAAUAAAAAUGUAAGGUAAUUUUGAUUCCAAAACAGAUAAGAAAAAGUCCAUUUUUCUUUUCUUUUUUUUUUUUUUUUUAAUUUGAGAAGCAGAAUUAGAGAGAGGGAGGGAGACAGAUCUUCCAUCCGCUGGUUCACUCUCCAAAUGGCUACAAUGGCCAGAGCUGGGCCGAUCUGAAGUCAAGAGCUGGGAGUUUCUUCCAGGUCUCCCACGUGGGUGCAGGGGCCCAAGUACGUGGGCCAUUUUCCACUGCUUCCCCAGGUUGUUAGCAGGGAGCUGAGUUGGAAGUGGAGCAGCUGGGACUCGAACUACAAGCAAAGGCUUAACCUACUACACCAUUGCACUGGCUCUUCCAUUUUUCUUAAGCUUGUAUUUUUAUAGUUAAAGAUAGAAUGCUGUGUUUUUUGCAUUUUUAAGAUUUAUUUAUUUCUUUUAAAUAGUUAGAGAAGUCUUUUUUUAAAAAAUAUUUUAUUUAUUUACUUAAGUCAGAGUUACACAGGGAGAGAAAGAGAGGCAGAGAGACAGAGAGAAAGGUCUUUCAUCCUCUGGCUCACUCCCCAAAUGGCACAAUGGCCAGAGCUGCAUUGAUCCGAAGCCUGGAGCCCGGAGCUUCUUCCGGGUCUGCUACGUCGGUGCAGGGGCCCAAGGACUUGGGCCAUCUUCUACUGCUUUCCCGGGCCAUAGCAGAGACCCGGAUUGGGAGUGGAGCAGCCAGGACUCGAACCAGCGCCCAUAUGGGAUGCCAGCAUUGCAGGUGGUGGCUUUACCCGUUUUGCCACAGUGCCAGCCCCAAAGAGAGAUCUUUCAACAGCUGGUUCGCUCCCCAUUCCUGGCCCUGGAUGGCCACAAUGGCAGGGCCUGAAACUUCAUCUCCCAUGUGGGUGCCAGGGCCCGAACACUUGGGCCAUGUUCUGCUGCUUUGCCAGGCCAUGAGCAGGGAGCUGGAUUGGAAGUGGAGGAGCUGAGACUCCAGCCAUUACCCAUGUGGUAUGCUGGCAUUGCAGGCAGCAGCUUUUCCUGCUCCACAAUAAUGUUGGUCCCCAGUGGUGUGUUUUUAAGAACGUGAUCAGGGGCCAGCUCUGUGAUGUAGCAGGUAAAGCCACCGCCCGCAGUGCCGGCUGCUCCACUUCUGAUCCUGCUCUCUGCUAUGGCCUGGGAAAGCAGUAGAAGAUGGCCCAAGUCCUUGGGCCCCUGCACCCGUGUGGGAGACCUGGAAGAAGCUCCUGGUUCCUGUAUUGGGAUUGGCCCAGCUCCAGCCUUCGCAGACACUUGGGAAGUGAAUCAAGGGACAGAAGACCUCUCUCUAUCUCUCUCUGCCUCUGCUUUCUCUCCAACUCUGCCUUUUAAAUAAAUCUUAAAAAAAAAAUGACCAAAUGAAGUUUACCUGAGGAAUCUCAGAAUGACUCAACAUCAGAAAAUCUAUGACAGUGAUAGAUAAAAGUGGGAAAAAAGUCACAGUGGUCUCAAUUGAUGUAGAAAAAUAUGUGGACAAGUUUCCUAUUUGUGAAAAAUAAAAAUAUCAAACUAGUAAUAGAAUACUUCAGCCCAGUGACGGUUCAUACAAAAGCCUGCAGUAGCAUAUUUUGUGGAAAAUGGUUAGAUUAAAUGCAUUCCUUCUAUGACCAAAGCUCAGUGAGGAGGUAACUGUAACAGUGCAAGAAAAGAGGUGGGGUCUUUGUCGCACAUGACACCUACCUGGACAUCCAGCGAUCAGUAAACUCCUAUUAAAAGGAGGGGCCGCCACUGUGGUGUAGCAGAUAAAACCGCUGCCUGCAGUGCUGGCAUCCCAUGUGGGCACCAGUUCGAGUCUCGUCUGCUCCACUUCCGAUCCAGCUCUCUGCUAUGGCCUGGGAAAGCAGUUCUUGGGCCCCUGCACCCACGUGGGAGACCCGGAGGAAGCUCCUGGCUCCUGGCUUCGGAUUGGCACAGUUCCAGCCAUUGCGGCCAAUUGGGGAAUGAACCAGUGGACGGAAGACUCUCUCCCUCUCCCUCCCUCCGUCUCUCUCCUUCUUCUCUAUGUGUAACCCUGACUUUAAAAUAAAUAAAUAAAUCUUUAAAAAAAAAACGGUACAGGAGUGAGAAUGUGGCACAGCAGCUAAGUUGCCAGUUGGGACACCCCCAUCCCAAAUUGGAGUGCCUGGUUUCAGUCCCAGCUACUCUGCUUCUGAUCUCACUUCCUGCUAAUGCACACCUUGGUAAGCAGCAGGUGAUGGUUCAAGUUCUUGGGUCCCUGCCAUCUGGGGGGGCGGGGGGGGGACCUGAAUUAGAUUCUCGGCCUCUGGCCUCUGCCUGUCCCAGCCCUGGCAGGCAUUUGGAGAGUAACCAGCAAAUGGAAGAUUGCUCUUCCGUCUCUCUUUAAAAUAAAAUGAAAGUAAAUAAAUGAAAAAAGGGAAGUUAUGUUUUAAAAGAAAUUAAUUAUUUUAAAAAUGUAAUAAAGAGAGUUGGCAAGGUUGCCAGUAUAAGAUCAGCCUGUGCAAAUCCAAAAUGUAUCAUUUCCAAAAAACUGCAACAUUAUAAACUUAUCAAAGAAUUAACCAAAACAUGAGGAAAUGUGUAGAAAUUCAUUGAAAAUGGAAUUAAAAGUAAGUUUAUUUUGGUGCAAAAACUAUUGUAAUCCAUGCAUAUCAUGUCUUCAGUGAAAAAUAUGUAUUAUGAAGUAACUAUGCAUGGAUUUUGAACAUGUUUUGCACCAGAAUAAGCUUAUCAUUUAAUUCCAUUUUCCAUGAAUUUUUGGAAAUACCCUUGUAUUCCCAUUUGGAGAAAACAUCCGAAUGUUAAAAAAGGCAUAGGAAAUUAUCUAAGAAGCAUACCAUACCUCCAAUGAGAUGACAUGUUCUAAAAGUGAAAUUUCUCAGUGUAAUCUGGAAGCCAGGUGAUCCCAAUCAAAAUCCAGUUUGAUUUUUUGAGUAGCUCAAACUUCAGUGUUUGUAUAGAAGAGUAAAGGUUCACAAACAACAAACAAACCUAAAAAAGAAAAGAGGGUUUCCCUACCAAAUAUUAGGAUAUUCUACAAAAUUGUAGUGGUAAAAACUGAUGCAGCCUAAGAUCAAUGCAACGAGGAGGGCGUUCGGAGAAAGACUAGGGAUAUUUGGCAGCUCAAUAUUUUUAAAGAAGAAACAAGGCAAAAAAGAGUUUAUUCAGUGCUGUUAAGGACAGUUGUUUGUGGAAGAAAAAUAAAACUAGACCCCUGCUUGUGCAGGUGUACUCCAGAAGUGUUAGACUUAACUGAUGGAAGGCUAACGCCAUACAUGUAAUACAAGGACGUGUUGGAACGUUGCCUCUGUAACCCAGAGGUAGAAAAAGCCUUCUUGAAAAAUAUACAAAAUUUAAGGCAAAACCAAAACAAAUUGGAUUACAUCAAAGGUAAGCAUUUCUGGGGCCAGUGUUAUGGUGCAGCAGAUUCAGCCGCAGCCUGCAACACCGGAAUCCCAUACUGAAACCCCAGUCUGAGUCCCGGCUGCUGCACUUCCAAUCCAGCUCCUUUGCUAAUCCUCACGGGGAAGCAGCAGAUGGUGGCUCAGGAACGUGGACUCCUGCCACCUAUGUGGGCGACCUGGAUGGAAUGCUUGGUUCCUGGCAAUGGCCCUGCCCUAGCCAUUGCGGCCCUGGGGGAAUAAACCAGCAGAUGGAGGAUCUCCUCUCUGUCUUUCCUCUCACACUGCCUUUCACAUACAUAAAAUAAUUUUUAGAAGAUUUAUUUAUUCCUUGAAAGAGUUACAGAGAGGAGAGAGAGAGAGAAUCUUCUGUCCACUGGUUGUUCACUCCCCAAAUGGCUGCAACGGCCAGGGCUGUGCCGUACCACAGUCAGGAGCCAGGAGCAUCUUGUGUAUCCCAUGUGCUUGCGGGGACUCAGGGACUCGGACCAUUUGCUGCUUUCCCAGGUGCAUUAGCAGGGAGCUGGAUCAGAUGUAGAGCAUCCGGGACUCAAACUGGAACCCAUACGGGAUGCCGGCACUACAGGCCACGGCUUAACCGGCUGUACCACAGCACUGGCUCCAAAAUAAGUAUUUUGAAAAAAUUAAGCAUUUCUGCUCAUAAAAGAUCUAUAGACAAAGUUAACAAGACAAUGACAAAAUGAGAGGAAGAUUUUGAAAUAUCUAAGACCAAAGGUGAUUAAUUAUAAACUGUAGGUGGGGGCAUUUGUCUUAGUGAUUAAAAUGCCAGUAUCUCACAUCUGAGUGCCUGAGUUUGAUUCCUGACUCUGGCUCCUGACUCCAGCUCCCUGCUAAUGCGGAUCCUGGGAGGCAGCAGGGACAGGUUCCUGCCACCCAUGUGGGAGACCUGGGUUGAGUUCUUGGCUCCUAGAUUCUCUUCUGGUCAGCUAGGGGCUGUUGGCAGGCAUUGGGUGAGUGAACCAGCAGAUUGGAACAUUGUGUGUGUGUGUUUCUAUCUCCUUUCUUCUCUCUCAAAGAAAUAAAAAUAGACCAGCGCCAUGGCUCACUAGGAUAAUCCUCCGCCUGUGGCGCUGGCACUCUGGGUUCUAGUCCUGGUUGGGGCGCCGGUCCUGUCCUGGUUGCUCCUCCUCCAGUCCAGCUCUCUGCUGUGGCCCAGGAAGGCAGUGGAGGAUGGCCCAAGUGCUUGGGCCCUGCACCCACAUGGGAGACCAGGAGAAGUACCUGGAUCCUGGUUUCGGAUCAGCACAGCGCGCCGGCUGUAGCAGCCAUUUUGGGGGUGAACCAACAGAAGGAAGACCUUUCUCUCUGUCUCUGUCUCUCUCUCUCUC